UUUUAGUUUUAGUUUCAGAAGUAUCAGGGAAUUGAUAUGGAUUUUGUUGGUAGUUUUACUUUCUGUCGCAGGCUUUGUAGGUUGCUAUCAUAUUAACUGUCCCCAAGUUUAAUUUGCAUGAGUGUUGGGGCAUUAGUUGACUUGAGAGCAACAGUCUUUCUCUGACAUUCUUAUACGCGUAUAUAUCUUCAGCGGUUUUUCGUUUUUGAAAUUUUAGUUAUAGUGUUUACCUUAAUUACCUGCAUUAAAAAGGGUGCUGAAUUGUUGUACCUGUUGAAACUCAAUGCCCUGCAAAAUAACAUCUUCCUUUGAUCUUGUAUCAAUCAGUCAUUAUUGCUGCUUUUGGUGGAACUUUUAACUAUGUGGAGAUUUGCAUCUUUGUAACUUUUGUAUACUGAGUUCCUAUUUUUCAUCAGUGUUUACGCUAGGUUCCAGGGUGGCUAUCCUUUUAAUCUUUUUGCAUACUGUAUUUGACUAUGGGCUAAUGUACUUUGAUAUAUAUUGAUAAGCAAUUGUUGGAAAUGGAUAUCGUGAUUAUCAUAUUUAUCUUUCAGUAUGUGAUUUUGUAGUUCCAACAUUUAACUCUACCAAAUAUUUACCAAUUACUUAUUAGACAAUUUGAAUAUGGAUGUCCGUACACUUGGAUUCCCACAUAAUUUAGAAACUUUGAAUGCAAUUUAUAUAAAAUUGAGUUUGGAAAUUACAGAAAUGUUCUCGGUUUUUAUGGGAGGGAAUGUGAUGACGGGUUUCGGGUAGCAUAUUGAACUUUCCAAAUGUCCAUUUCCAAAUGAUCUAUCAAGGAGGAUGACAAAAGGGGUCAGAGAAGUUAGCUCCUGUUUAAAAAAAAAAAAGAGAAAAAGACAAAAAGUAAGCCCAGAUCCUAAGCCUCGUAUCCAUCUCAGUGUUGCGAUUGAUGGGUGUACUUAGAAGUCUGGGCGCCAAAAUAGGGCUUGCCCACCACCCCAAGCUGAAAGCAAAGCAGAGCAGCCCAUGUUUCUUGUACCCACGUGUCGAUAUGUUCUAGGUUCGAAAGACUACAAUACCACACUGGAUCAUAAUGUCCUAAAACAUUACCUUGUGAAAUGGGAGUGGUGAUUCAGCUCCCCUCAAUGUCUUCUCCCGCGCUCAGUACGUUUCGAAGAGCUUUCUACUUGUUGUUGUCCACCGGCCUCGUUACCAUCGCCACACCAAAGCUCUAAACUCCGAUCACGGGAGAUGUUUCCAAUGAUGAAGGAGGAGCUGAGCUUUGACCUCCCUGAAGAUGUUAUUCUGAAGAUUCUGUGUAGGUUGCCAGUCAAGUCUUUGAUUCGAUUCAGUUGUGUAUCGAAACGCUGGCAUACUAUUAUAUUUUUUGACCCACAAUUUGGAAAAGCUCACCUCAAAGUAGCAUCUGAGCUAAGAACCAUCACUAGGAGACUCCUCCUGCUCAAACGCUCUUCACUUUGUGCAAUUGACACCCCCAAACAAAGUCCGAGGCUACAGUCCUCAGAAAACUCAUUUAGAGGUAAUUCUUUGGUCAGAUGUCUGACCAUGCCAUCCGAGGAGAAUAUAACAAAUGUAAUGGCUAUACAGUCCUUAGCAAACUCAUUUGGAGAAAAUUCUUUGGUUAGAAAUCUGACCAUCCCAUCCCAGAUGAAUAUAACCAAUGUAAUGGCAUCAUGCAAUGGGCUGGUGCUUCUAGGUACUGAUCAUUAUGACUUGUCUAUUUGGAACCCAUCAACUGGAUUCUUCCGCAAACUACCCGCUCCUGAUUUUUCAGCAAUAAUAAAGUGUGAAAUGAUCACCGGAAAACAUGGCGUUGGUUAUGUCUCAUCCACUGAUGACUACAUUGUUUUAGUAAUUCCCGCUAGUUUCUAUCCAGUAGAUGGGGAUGUCAACAUGUUCAUCUUCUCAAUGAGAGCUAACUCUUGGAAACUCAGUAAAGUCUCUGGCUGGUUUUCACUCAGCUACGGCCGGACAAGCCAGUCUGGGACUCUUUUAAAUGAAGCAAUCCAUUGGGCUAACUAUCACAGAUAUUAUAGGGAUGGCGGAUUGAUUGAACAAAUUCAAAUUUAUGCUUUUGAUUUGGCGAAUGAGGAGUCACGGCAACUGCCCGUUCCUUGUUUUAACCAAGAUGAUAAUGGAAACGGUGUAGAAAUGCAGACUGUGGACCGCUUAGGAGGAUGCCUUUGCGUAUUGUCUUGGACUUGGCAUCCUUUUAGGGGAAUGGAUCAGGAUAGUGAAUUAUGGAUGAUGAGAGAUUACGGGGUGUCUGAUUCAUGGAUGAAGCUCUUUAAAUUCAGUUCGAAUGAUUUACCAGAGGUGUUUGGUUCUUACAGAAGUUGGUUACCUAUAGUUGUUACAGAAGACGGGGCAGUUGUGAUUAAACUCAUUGUCGAGAAGGAGUUGAUCAGGAUUGAAUGCCGUAAAGAAGAGAAGCCGGUCUGCAGGGACCGAUAUAGGCUUGAGGAGUUGCAUGGCUGUGACUUUUUGUUUGACGUGAUUCUAUAUGCUGAAACUCUGCUUUCGGUAUCUGAAUGUCUGAAUAAUGGGGACUUGAGGCCAGAAAAUAACAAGCAGGCAUGAAGAGGGAUUGCUAUGUGCAUACAAAUGCUGGCUUUAUUUGUUUUCACCAUUCAAAUUUGGAUUCUGCAUGAGUAAUGUUCAAUCUAGUACCCAUGUCUUUUAGUUUUGUGUGUGUUGUUUAUUAUUGAGUGGCCAAAACUAUGUAGUAUGACGACUAUUGUUUAUGAUUGAGGCACAUUUUCCAGUUACAGCUGAAGUCUUUGUAUUAUGCUCCUUUUGUAUCAUAGUUCAGACUACUGGUUAUGAUAUUAUGCUCCUUUCGUCCCUAAUUUAUUCUGUCAUUCUCUUUGUUAGUGGUUCAACUUUUAUAGAUAUUUUCUGUUUAAAUGUUUUCCCUGAUUCUUUGAUCUAUGACGACUGAAAAUUGACAAGCAGAUAUGAACAAGAGGGAUUGCUUCAGUGUGCAUUCAAAUGCUGGUUGUUGUUUAUUUUUUUUUCCUUCUUUGAACGUCUAGAGUAUCAAGACAAGUCCUUCUAGUUUGUUAAUUUAAAUGUGUUUUCUAUGAGGUUGUUUGUUAAGAGUAGCCAACUAUGAAGUAUGAAAGCAAUGUGGUUUAUAUAUGGUUGUUUACCAUUUGUAACGCAAUCCGGCUUUUCUGUUGUUUAGAUCUUUGUGAUACUAUGCUCUUUUCAUAUCCCAGUUUGGACUACUGCUCAAACUUUUCCUUCUUUUGUAACCUAGUUAGUACUUUUGUUUUCCAUUCAUUCUCUUCGCUGGUCGCUCCAGCUUAUUUAAGCUGAGUAAUAGUUUGUUGUCCAUAUGAAUUUCAAUUGAUUGAAAUCAUAGCUAGGCUCAUAGCUCUGUUUAGUGAGUAAGAAGCCUUGUAUUUUGUCUCUCUGUUUUCUGUCAAUAUUCUGAAGUAUGAAGCAUUAUUAUUCCUGUUAGUGCAGCAUGAAGACAUUAUUAAUGCUGCAUUGCAGACCACUCUAGCUUAUUUUCCCUGUAUGACUGUUUUUAUUUUAGUAAAAUUUAAAGGCAUUUACUUGUUCGAUGUGAUUUUCUCAUAAUUAGUUCAUUGUAUUUUCU